UUAUGGCGAGCUUCAUAGCAGAGGCGUGACAUGUCUCUUUAUUUUUCUUUACUGUUCUGGUUAAAUGUAUUUGAGCGCAUAUUGAAAUAGAUGUCAUGGGUGUAGUUAGACAUGUUGUGUGUGCUAUGUCUGGAGGGGUUGACAGUUCUGUCAGUGCACUGUUACUCAAAAGAAUGGGUUAUCAUGUGACGGGUGUGUUCAUGAAGAACUGGGACUCUCAGGAUGAGAAAGGGGUCUGUUCAUCAGAGAGAGACUGUGAAGAUGCUUAUAAAGUGUGUAAGAUGCUGGAUAUGCCUUUCCACCAGGUCUCAUAUGUUAAAGAAUACUGGCAUGAAGUAUUUAGUAAUCUUCUUAGGGAAUAUGAGAAGGGCAGAACACCAAAUCCAGACAUAAUGUGUAACAAACACAUCAAAUUUAAGCACUUCUAUCAGUAUGCAGUUAAUACUUUAGGUGCUGAUGCCAUGGCAACAGGACACUAUGCCCGGACAUCCCAGGAGGACGAGGAGGUUUUUCAGCAGAAGCAUGUUCCACCUCCCAGAACCCUCUUCAGAGAUCGGUUUGAAAUUAGAAAGCCUGUGCGGCUCUAUCAGGGUGCUGAUCGCUUGAAGGACCAGACGUUCUUUCUCAGUCAGAUUUCCCAGGAUGCUCUGCGACACACAAUAUUUCCCCUAGCUGGGCUAACCAAAGACUUUGUGAAGAAAAUAGCUGCUGAGGCUGGCUUCCAGCAUGUUGUAAAGAAGAAAGAGAGCAUGGGGAUCUGUUUCAUUGGAGAGAGAGAUUUUGAGAACUUUAUCCUUGAGUACAUAGAGCCCAAACCGGGAAACUUUGUAUCCAUUGACGAUGGGAAGAUCAUGGGGCAGCAUCAAGGCUGGUUCACAUUAACACUGGGUCAGAGGGCUAGAAUAGGAGGACAGGUUGAUCCUUGGUUUGUAGUUGAUAAAGAUACCACGACUGGAGAUGUAUUUGUGGGUCCAACAACUAACCACCCAGCACUGUUCCGAGACACAUUACAGACAGACCGCUUCCACUGGAUACCCGAAGACCCGCCUGUUGAACUUGUCCGAACUCAGAUGAUGGAAUGUCACUUCCGUUUCAAUAACCGGAUGUCUUUGACUCCGUGCACUGUAACCUUGAAUCUAGAUGGGUCAGUGUGGGUAAUGUUGAAAGAGCCAAUAAGAGCAUUGACACCUGGGCAGUUUGCUGUCCUAUAUAAGGGAGAUGAGUGUUUGGGCAGUGGGAAGAUCAUUCGUCUGGGACCCACAAAAUUCACUCUUCAGAAAGGUCAAAACUGCAUGAGCUGCCCACCUAAAGACACAAACCAACAACAUCCAGAGCCUGUCAGCUGAGACACAUGCAGCACAAACCAGCACAACUCUUGUGUUUUAUGUAAGGGACAAGAACUUAGGAGACUCUUAGUAUUCACAGACAUUUAGGAUGGGGGAUUCCUUAAUGUGAGUUGUAUGUUUUCUGGGUUUUUUUCUUAAUUCAGUUGUCCUUGGGAAUUGUAAUUUAUUUGUAAAAUAUAUGCAUAGUGAUUAUUGUAUUGCUCUUUCUUAAGAUUUUAUAAAUGUAAGUGGUUAUAGUGCCUUUAUGGUGCAUCACAUCCUGACCUAUGCAAUAUUUCAGACAAAUAUUAAGCUACAGGUUCACAGGUUGUUCUUCUUGAGUACUGUUAAUGAGUUCCUUUCUGUGCCAAUAGAGGGCGUGAGCGAAUCACUUACUGCGUGUCUACUAGUGCCUUUGGACAUCUUCAUCAGUUUCAAUUAAUGACAGCCAUGCUGUACACAUAACACGGAAUUAACGUAUUUAACCUAUAUAUAGUUUAAAAAAAUGCAAUAUAACAUGCGUUAAAACAUUGGGGUUUGGAGAAUAAAUGACUGUCCUCUGAUGUGACCCUGGGCCACAAAACCAGUCAUAAGGGUACAUUUUUUGAAAUUGAGAUUUAUAGAUUGUCUGAAAGCUGAAUAAAUGACAUUAUGUGGCCGAGAUACAACUAUUUGAAUAUCUGGAAUCUGAGGGUGCAAAAAAUCAAAAUAUUGAGAAAAUCACCUUUAAAGUUGUCCAAAUUAAGUUCUUAGCAAUGCAUAUUACUAAUCAAAAAUUAAGUUUUUAUGUGUUUACAGUAGAAAAUUUACAAAAUAUCUUCAUGGAACACAUUCUUUACUUAAUAUAAUGAUUUUUGGCAUAAAAGAAAAAUCAGUAAUUUUGACCCAUACAAUGUAUUUUGGGCUAUUGCUACAAAUAUACCCCAGCGACUUAAGACUGGUUUUGUGGUCCAGGGUCACAUAUUAUAAAGAUUUUUAAAAGGAAAUUUAAGCCCAAUAUACAUAAUACCAAAUGUUUUGGGGUUUGGCAUUAAUUCAUCUUCUGUGUUUUUAAUGUACAUGGCAUCACAAUUCAACAAUCUGUAUAAGAGAAACUUACAAGUUUAAAAAUACAGUUUCCAAAAGGGGGUUUUGUAAGCGAUGCCAGAGAAGAAGCAUUUUUGGUUGCUCAAAGAACCUUUCAGCGAACAGUCUUUAAAAUAACCAUUAUUUCUUUUGUGUGAAAAACAUUUUAAUCAUCGUAAUAACCUUUUUUUUCCACUAUAAAGAACCUUUUGAGCAAUGGAAAAGUUCUAUGAGUGUUUAAGGUUCCACCUAUGCCAAUAAAGAAACUUUAUUUUUAAGAGU